ACUGACGGGUUGAGCAAACCCUCCUCUUUCUGCUCCUCCUGCUGCCGCUCCUCUCUCUCUCUCUCUGCUGCAGCUGUCCGACGCUCUCAGAGGGCAGACGGAAAACUUCCCCAAGUUGUCUUUUCCUCCUGCGGCGCAGCGUUUAGGUUUCGGAACUGGUCACCUCCACCACAGCCCCCUGCGGCAGCAGCCCCGGCAUGCCGGACUUAAACGCCUGAAGGGCGGGAUGGCAUCGGCCGUGUUUGAAGGCACGUCUCUGGUCAACAUGUUUGUCCGGGACUGCUGGGUUAACGGGAUCCGGAGGCUCAUCAUCAGCCAGCGCGGAGAGGAAGAGGAGUUCUUCGAGAUCCGAACCGAGUGGUCCGACAGGAACAUUUUAUACUUGCAUCGGAGUUAUUCCGACCUGGGGCGGCUCUUUAAGAGACUGCUGAAGUCCUUUCCGGAGGACAGAAAGGACUUAUCUAAAUCUCCGCUGAUAGAAGGUCUGGUAAAAAUCAAAGAUGCACAUGACAUUGAGGAGAAGUUGAAUGAGGUGGAAAGACUUCUAAAGAAUGCCAUCAACAUGCCAUGCAAGUUUUCCAGGUCGGAGGUGAUGUUGACUUUCUUUGAACGCUCGCCGCUGGACCAGGUGCUAAGGAAUGACAAAGUCCACAGAAUCCAGCCGUGCUUUCAGAGUCCAAUCAACAUAUCAGAAAUCAUGCGGUCGAACGGAUUCUGUCUGGCCAACACAGAAACUAUUGUAUUUGAUGAUAGUAUACCAGAGGAAAAAGAAAGACCGUCGUCCACAGACUCUGGAGAGCACACGUACGAAGACGGAACAGAAUUUUUGCCAAUGGAAGCAGACGUGUGCGAGGAGGAAACAGAAGCGUAUGUCACCAACCUCUCCUACUACCAUCUGGUCCCAUUUGAAACAGACAUCCUGGAAUGAACACUUGUGGAUGGAUAUUUCUCCUUCAGCUGAACUGAACUAUGCAACUCUGCAGAUAGCUGCUCCAGUUCAAUGUUGCUGCUCCUGAAUGCAACAGUUUCCUGAGUUGGUGAACUUUGGAAGAAUGCCGCAACAUCACCACUUCAUUCCCUUUAUGGGACAUCACCAGUGUGCCUCAUUUGGAUUCCUAACUCUUUAUCAUAUGUGUUACAGAUCUGAUGGUUUCAGCUAGACUAAGACAUUUCCUUAAGAUGCUAUCAUCCACUUUAACAGGACAAAAACCGAUCAGCAUUUGUAGUAAACUUCAGGUUGGGGGAACCACACAUCAGUUGAAGUUUCAAUACAGCUGUAAUUUAUUGGACCAUUCAGUGUUAAUGUAAUUGACCAGCAAUCAAUUUUAUUGACUGGGCUGUUUUAUCCUUUCUGGAUUGCACUUUUAAACUGCUAACCUGCUUUGCUAAGACAUUCGUGAUGGAAUUCAUUGUCUGCUCUCCAACCAACAUGACUUUCAAUUUUCUAUCAUGUUAUUGUUUGCUUUCAUUGUGUCUCAUUUGAGGAGAUCAUUUGCAGUGUAAAUAUAUUUCAAUGAAGUUAACUAAUUAUUAAGUUGUUUAAUAACCUUGAAACAAUUCAGUGUUAGAUUCAGAUUAUCACUCAGAGAUUUUGUCUGACAAAUAAAUAUGUUUUCAAUAAAUCA